CUGGAUAGGAAGAUAUUUACUCUUUAAGAUGUGCUAAACCGGACGGCACCGCUCCAAAGCUUCUCGUAUGUCUUUUCAGAUAAUCUGUGGGAAUAGGCAAACCCCUCUCCAAUGGCGUCUCUCCACUCAUUUCCCGGAACGGCUAACUACAUCUUCUCCCCUAACACUCUCCUAAAAUUCCGUCUUCCGCCUUCUACACUCCAUUACCAACCCCUCUGCGCUGCGCCACACGAACCCAGCACCACCGCUUCCCCACCACAGCACUCUGGCCGUAACACCAGCCACUACACUCCACAGUCAAGACCUCGCCGGAAUAACAAGCAAGAUUACAGAAAAACCAUUAGUAUCAUUCAAAAAGAAGCUAAACCCUUAACACUGAGCCCCAUCUCAGCAGAUGAUGUUAACUUGAUGACUCUGUGCAAUGAAGGUAAGUUUGAAGAAGUAAUCGAGCACAUUACGCAAGGCGUUGGCGCUGACUUUCGUGUUUUUGAGGCAUUGUUGAGCUACUGUACUAAGCUUGCGUUUUUGGACAUUGGGGAGAAGGUGCACGAGCUCUUAUUACGCUCGCCGUGGAGUAACAAUGUUGAAUUGAAUGGUACGUUGGUGGAAAUGUACGUUAAGAACGGGAGCAUGAGGAACGCGAAAAAAGUGUUUGAUAAAAUGCGUGAAAGGAAGUUGGAGUUAUGGCACUUGAUGAUUAGUGGGUAUGCAGAAAGUGGAGAUGGGGAAAGUGGUUUGCUUUUGUUUGAGCAGAUGAGAAAACUUAGGGUGUCGGAGCUCAAUGGGGACACUUUUUCUGUGGUUCUUUCGGCUUGUGCUAGUAAGGGGGCUGUCAAACAAGGUUUUAUGUAUUUUAAGCUGAUGAAGAAUGAGUAUGGCAUUGUUCCCGGAAUUGAGCACUAUUUAGGGAUUAUUGAUGUUUUGGGCAAAUCUGGGCAUUUGAAUGAAGCUCUAGAGUUUGUUGAAGACAUGCCUAUUGAGCCUACAAAAGAAGUAUGGCAGUCCAUAAUAAAUUUUGCACGAAUUCAUGGGGAUAUCGAACUUGAAGAUCGAGCUGAGGAGCUGCUCAUUAGGUUCGAUUCUUCUAGAAAUAUGGUUGAUAAGCCCCCUGCACCAUUUCAGAAGAGGCAUUCUCAGUUUAAUAUGCUUGAGGGUAAGAAUAGAGUUAACGAGUUCAAGAGCACAAUUCAACACAGGGCAGAUGUAUAUCAGAAAUUGAAAGGCUUGAGCGGGCAAAUGAGGGAUGCAGGUUAUGUACCAGACACAAGGUAUGUGCUUCAUGAUAUUGAUGAGGCGGCUAAGGAGCAAGCGCUGAUGUAUCAUAGUGAGAGAUUGGCUAUUGCAUAUGGUUUAAUUAGUACUCCGGCAAGAACAACUCUUAGGAUCAUCAAAAACCUACGGAUAUGUGGUGACUGUCACAAUGCAAUUAAGAUCAUGUCAAAGAUUGUUGGGAGAGAGUUGAUUGUCAGAGAUAACAAGCGGUUUCAUCAUUUCAGAGAUGGUAAAUGCUCCUGCAAUGACUAUUGGUGAAGUCUAUUAGUCUAGAUUGAAGCUAUUACUGCAUUUUUACUCUAGAAUUUACAUGUAAAUUUACUUGGUGCAAUGCAUCUUUGCAAUCAUGUUUAUAGGAUGAUAUCACAUUGUACAUUAGUUAUAUGAAUAUUUUGCAAUAGAAAACAAUUAAAAUUUCCCUGAA